AGCUGCACAGUGCAAAGGGACACUGACUGUCCUGACGUCUUGUGUGGGAGGAUCACAGAUUUUACAACCUCUACUGGGUCUGUGUGCUUUCGACAUUCUUUCGCAGAAGUUUCAUUUCUGAGAUAUACAGCACUGAAGCCCACAGAAAAAGGAAAGACAUGGCAGUCCAACAGCAGAUUACCACAGUGGUGUCUCACACAGGGUACAGUUCCGGGACCUGGACUACAGGCAUCUGUGACUGCUGCUCUGAUAUGAGCACUUGUUGCUGUGCUUUGUGGUGUUUCCCAUGUAUGCAGUGUCAGACUGCUUCUCAGUUUGGAUGGUGUUUCUGCAUGCCUCUUUUGGACUGCUGUCUGAUUGUCUCCUGCUGCCUUCGUAGCAAGAUGAGAGAGCGCUACAGCAUUCAUGGCUCAUGUUGUGAUGAUUUGUGUACUGUGUGUUGCUGCUACCCCUGUGCCUGGUGCCAAAUGUCACGUGAAAUUAAAACUCGUGCUCGAGCUGGCAGCGGUGCUACUGUAAUCACUCAGCAGAUUAUGGCAUAAGUGAUCUUUUACUAUUCCAUUCAAAGUUAAAAUGCAUUACGGUGCCUUAAUGAUUCUAUUGCAUACUAUUCACCUUUAUUUUGAUUUUUUUAACUUCUGAUCACAGAGUAAAGAACUUACAUAUACAAAUAAAUGUUUUCUGUUAUAGUAACCAGUAUUAAUAAUUUUUAUAUACUGCUUUAGCUUUACAUGUUCCUCUUGCAACAUAUGUCAAAUUUUAUAAAUAAAGCAUACAGCUGGUAUUAAAGCCCUUUUAUUGGUUUAAUAUGUA